AUGGCAACUGCAACUCCCUUUCCAGCCGACCGGCCAGCGGCCGAGACUCCAGCGCCCCGGAAUCUAGUAUACAAUCUAGAUGAAGAUAUCGCCCACUUCUUCACCAAGGCUUCAACCACCCGUUCCGCCUGCGAUGCCCGAGCAAGAGAGCUCACUGGUGGCCGGGUUGAACCGAUCAACAUGCAGGGUGUGUGCAGCUACACGGUCAACGCAGGACCACACCUCGAAUACAUCGUCCAGUUCCGGCUCGAGCCAGCCCGCCUCAAGCUGGAGACUUCUGACCUGGCCAAAGACGUCUACGGGGACAUGGCGCCCGACGUCUGGUUCCGUGGAGUGCUCGGGGAGAAGAAGGAGGGGAAAGAACCGCUCCACGUGUACUUGAUCCAGCGUAUCCCGGGGGUGACUCUGUUCAACUUUUUCCUGUGCUAUGGCAAACCCUACAACUCAGGCCAGGCGUCCAAAUGGCGCCAGAAUUUGCUCGAAGACAUGGCACGCUUUCUUGCCGCGUCGUGGAAAAAGCCCCAGGCAGUCGAACCAGCCUAUCGCGAGGAGAUGAAGCAGACCCAUCUCAAGGAGCUACGUCUUUUGCAGGAGGCGCUCCCGACUCGGUUUCAAAAGGUCAUCGAGCAUUGCAUUGAGUCCUUGGAUGCCAUCUUCUCCCUGCCGAUGGUGUUUCUGCACCCCGACCUACGCAUCAACAAUCUCAUUGUCCAUGAAGAAACAUGCCGGCUUACCGGCGUGAUCGACUGGGCCGAGGCCGACAUCUAUCCGUUCGGCAUGAACCUGCAUUGCCUCGAAGCGCUGACGGCGAGGCAGCGGCCCCAAGUCGGCUUUGUCAGAUAUCACGACUAUGACGAUAUGCAAGCUGUCUUCUGGUCGACCUUCCAACAGGAAGUCGGCCCCCUGACGAAUGAGACUCUCACGACCAUCAACACCUGCAGAGUCACCGGCUUGUUGCUCAGCGUCGGCUUCACCAGUCGUUUGCCCAUUAGUCCCCCGCACCAGCCCAUCUGUGACGACGACUAUGGCCGCAAUCACUUGCUUCAUCUCGACUCGAUCCUGAACAACGACCUACUCGCAGCCAACAACCCAGACGCAGGCGAGUAG